ACCCUUAUUUCGUUUAGUUGAGGGUAAGCAGUUCUGGAAGUCUGACGUUUGAAUCAGCGCUAGCCGGUCGAUUGCAUCUUCCGCGUUUGAAAAAUGAAUCAAAAUAUCAAAAUAUCACAUCAGCUGUCAGUCAUACAAAACAUCCUUUUCCUUCUACUCUGUGGAUUAAUUUGCGCAUCACACGCUAAUACGAUACGGGCGAAAAGACAUAUUUCCAACGAUGAGAAUUUCACGGAGGAAAGAGAAGAAUGCAAAAGAGCAGCUGGUAACCCAAUCAACGAGGAAUUAGGCGUUGCUCUAGUGAAAACAUUAAAACGUAUCGGAACUGAAUUGGUAGAUUACGUGGAAAAUGGUGACCACGAACAGACCCAACUUACCAUAAGUAAAAUAAAAAAUAUGUGGAAAUGUAUAGUCCUAAACGAGGAAUCGAUGGCGAAUUCUGGCGAGUCGGCUGAAUCACUGAAAAAGUACAUGGCAGAAAUCCUAUACUUCGCCAAUGAUCGGAAUUGCAAGUCACCAGACGAGACAUUUUUCAACGGCCAAUGUCUUCCCAUCAGUACAAGAAAUAGGAGCGAAUAUUGUGCCGAGCACAUGGGACUCUAUGACUACGAUGAAAAUAACAAAGGAUUUUGUGACUGUCUGGAACUGACGAGAGAACAAGCGAAAUCACAACUACGGCCAAUAUAUUCGGAUGAGACUGGCAAAUGUCAUCGGCAAAAUACACAGGGCCCCUGUGAAAAUGGAGAAUGGUUCGUACUGAAGAACACUUCGCGGUGCGAACCGGUCCCGGACGGAUGCCCAACUGACGGUCGGCACGUCUACUGGAAUCUUGACAAUUCCACGGCCAAACAAUGCUUGGAGAUAUGGACUCAGGGACCAUGCGAAGAAGGAAAAUUAUUGCAUUUGGCACAAGAAACGGAAGCAAAGGUUUACUGUAGCUCCCGAUUAGAAGAUUACAUGGGUCCAAUUUCCAUACUGUAUAGUACUGGAUGCCAGCACGGUACUUAUAGCCAACAUAAAGGCCUAUGUAAAUCUCCCCAUUACGGUUAAACAUAAUUAAUUUGUGUGUACCCGGCUUGGUUGGGAUAAGUCUCUGAGGAAUUCUGUGAAUGUAUUGUUUGUUAAAGACAUUUAAAGUGGAUUGAAAGCAACGACUCCUUGCUUUUAAAUUUGAUUUCGAAUGCAAUAGAUAUCCGUGCCUUAA